AUGCUGAGGAAGAGAUCUGGCUUUCUGAUUCUUGCCGAAUAUGACAAAGCCGGAGCUCUCAAGACCAAGUAUAUCGAGUCGGCUCCGACUGCUGGGUCAUCUAGGGUCGAUCUCACGCUCCCUCCCAGGAGAAAGAAGCCUUGGCAAGAGCUUCUCGAAAUCUUCUUGCCAGAUGGUUAUCCGCAUAGCGUGACAGACGACUAUGCUGAAUAUCAGAUUUAUGACUCUCUUCAAGCCUUUGCUGGCACGAUUGCCGGUAUGAUUUCCUCGCGCGCUGUUUGGCAAGGUCUGGGUGUAGGAGACUCAUUAGCAUCACCGACUGGGGCUAUGCUCAUCCAAGUCACUCGAGAAUCUAUGGGAAGACUCGCAACCAUCACAUUUGCUCAUCUGUUUACGACUUCAAUCGAAGCAGAAUGCAAGGCAUACCGCAUGGCCUGUGACCUGUUGACCGACACGGCGAUGGUUCUUGACUGCGCAUCUCCCUAUUUUCCGCAAGAAGUCAGGUUUCUGGUUCUCUGUCUCUCCAGCAUCCUGUAUUCCGCAUCUGGUGUCGUUGGGAAUGCAUCCAAAAGCAGUCUUAGUGGUCACUUUGCCAAGUGGAAUAAUCUUGGCGAGCUCAAUGCCACGGGAACGUGUCUCUUGUAUUUCCUGACCGACGAGACAUUAUCAUGGAUCGUGCUCUUUAUCCUCCUAGGCGUCCACCUCCUUCUCAACUGGAGGGGCGUUCGAGCAGUACACUCACGUCAGCUAAAUCGCCAACGUGCCAACAUUGCUUUGUCGGCAUUGUUUUCGAAAGAUGAAGUUCUCACACCAUUAAAGGUUUCCCAAAGAGAACUAAUCUUCGAGAAGCGUGGGGGAGAAGUCUUUCGAUGGAACUGCGGACCAGCAUUUGGCCACUGCAAAUUUGGAGUACCCCUCAAGAGGCUGCUUGAAGCUUUGGCCUAUGGAAAGACCCACGAGAUGUCCUUUCAGCUCUCAUGUGUUGACUUGUAUACACUCAUGGAAGUGUUCGACUGCGAGGAGUACGUUCUCUGGUGUCAGGUGUCAACCGCAGCCAACGACGCGGCCUCCAAAAUCAAGGUCAUCACUGUCCUGAAAGAAGGUGUGACGCCGAGGUCACAGCUGAAAGCUUGGUUCCAUGGUCUGUUGCUGGCCAGAAGACUCAGCGGACAGGAGGAGGCGAACUUGGUGCGAGCUGAAUUCGAUCAACAAGCAAUGUUGGGCCAUGUGGAGGAGAGUUUGCAAAUCGCCAACGAAAAGUAUGACCUGUACGCGAGGAGACUAGCUUCUGCGGGCUGGAACACCGAGGUUCCUGUGCUGGAGACCCGAGCAGGCUCUCGCAUUAUUCGGGAGCCUGACGAGACGAGAGCGCAAUGA